AUGAGUUUAUGGUCGUUUCUUGUUCCUUCAACCUUGUGGUCGGUAAGUUGAGAUAUAGUUAUAUAAAUAUAUAUAUUGAGAUGUACUAUUGUGUUUACUAUUUUUAGUAUUAUGAUAUACUAAUACAGUUAGCUUUCAGCUUCUAGUUUGUGAACUUCCGAGAGCCUUCUGCACGAUAAAGGAUGACACAUGUGAAGAAGUUACCCUAUGUCAAUAUAUCGUCAUGAUGGCUAUUGCAUUGUUUGCCUUUAUGUUGUUGGUUAUGGUAAAGUUGAGUAUCUGGUUGAUCGAUGAAAUUUAUUCUGUAGGUACAAUUCUAUAUAAUAUAUACGAUAUAAACAUUAUUUUAUGUUUACAAUUUUUUAAAAAUAUUUUUAAAAUUUUAAGAGAUUUUGUGUAUUAUACUGAAGUUGGAAUUGUUUCAGAUGUCCGAUGAUCAAUAUUACGAUAAAUGUAUUCGAGAAGAGAUGAACGAGCUUAUGAAAAUGGAACGUGGCCACAUUGGAGACGAUGAUGAAGUACAAUUUUCUCAUAAUCUGGUAUUCAAAUCAGCGUUCAAUGAUUUGAAACGACAUUUCAUAAAAGAUUUGUGA